GAAAGUGCUCGGAAGCAUUCGCGGUGCCAAUCAGUGGAUCGUGAGACCAGCCACGAUAGGAACGAAACCCCGAAAAUGGUACUUACCUGGUGCGCUCGUUGGAUCACAAAGUAUGGCAAUCCUCGCGAUAUUACGGGCACCUUCCGUUGCCUAGCAACGUCUACAGUGCCGUCUGCUUCGACGGCAGCACCCACCCACGAGCAGCAAAGACGCCACGCCUCGCAUGGCCGGAUGUCCGGCUGGGAGAUCAACGCCUACGGAAGUCCCCAAGAGGAGGUACAGUUUAACGGUGGCAUCAGGAUUCCAACACUGAAGUCACCCACGCAGCUGCUGGUGAAGGUGAAGGCGGCUUCCGUGAAUCCUAUCGAUGUGGCAAUGAUAGCUGGUUACGGCGCGUCCGUGUUGAAUGCGAUGCGCGGCAAGCACGGUGACAUCGAGUUCCCGCUCGUGCUGGGGCGUGACUUUUGUGGCGAAAUCGUGCAAAAAGGGCUCGGAAUUUCGAGCCGCGAGCUCGAAGUGGGCGACGAAGUGUGGGGGGUGGUGCCGUUGCACUUGCAAGGAUGCCACGCGGAUUACGUUACGGUAGAAAAGUACUGCUUAUUUAAAAAACCGGCCAACUUAAGCAAAAUCGAUGCCAGCGCGGUACUGUACGCGGGCCUAACGGCCUGGUCCGGUCUCUACCUUACCGGCCACCUGGGCGAUCUGCUCGGGGCCAUUUCGCCGGUCGGUGGUGGAUGUGGCAAGAAAGUCCUGGUGCUCGGUGCUUCCGGCGGUGUUGGCACGCUCGUAGUGCAGAUGUUGCUCGCGGAAGGCGUUGACGUGUUCGCUACUUGCUCAACGGACGCCAUGCUGCUUGUACACAAUCUGGGCGUCAAGCAUCUGGUCGACUACAACGAUCCUGCCCACGCGCAGAGCCUUGCCAGCGUUGGACGCUUCGAUAUCGUGCUUGACUGUGCCGGAAAAGGGACGGACUACGCCAAGGAGGUGCCGUGGCGGUUCGAUCAAUACAUCACCUUCAACUCGCCGGUGCUGAAAAACAUCGACACGGACGGGUUCAGUGCGGGAAUGUACCACAACGCAGCCGAUCUCGUGCGCAGUAACGUCUCUUCGUUCAACAGCUGCCGGGGGCUGGUAAAGUGGGGUUACUUUGUCCCCGCCCCGCAAGGAAUUGCUUAUUUGCAGCGAAUCGUUGAACGGGGUAAACUGCUGCCGGUGGUGGAGCAAGUUUUUCCCUUCGCCAACACUCCCGCAGCUUACGAGCGUGUCACGCAAAAGCAUUUGAGGGGCAAAAUUGUACUGGAGCUGCGCACCCAGCCGAUCGACUGUUCGCGACCGUACUUCGAGGAAAUUACCAAGUUUGCCGGCUGCAUACCGGCCCAAUGUGGUCGUUUCGUGAGCGAUAAGAUCGUUUCCGUGGCCGAAGCUGGCGUUCUUCUUGAUUUGGCCCGGGCUGGCUUUACUCACGGCCAGUCGGCCGGCGGUGCCUCGAUACUCGAUCUUCACUCGGGCGCUCUCUCGCAGGGGACACAGUUCGUAAACAUCUACAAGCUGCCGGAAGCGCGCCGCAUUUUCACCGCGCAGCAUAUCAACGUUUACCGGCACGUCAAGGAGAAAGUACAGCAAGCGGUAGCCGACCAGUUUCGGCUGCGGGCGGAUGCGCUCCACCUGACGCAUCCGACGUUUUUCUCGCGCCUCACCAACGCCACCGCCAAAACGAUCCACGAUGAGUACUGGCAUGCGCACGUGGACAAGGACACUUAUCGUUCGUUCCACUACACCACGCUGCUGUACCUGACCGACUACGGGAAAGACUUUUCCGGUGGCCGGUUCGUGUUUAUCGACAACGAGGGCAAACACAACCGCACGCACGUGUACAUUGAGCCGCGCAGGGCUCGCGUCAGUGGCUUCACUUCCGGCGCUGAAAAUAUGCACCACGUGGAGCAGGUAACGCGUGGCGUACGGUACGCGAUUACGAUUUCGUUCACUUGCGAUCCCGAGUAUGCGAUGGCCGACCCGAAGAUGGCACUCGAUGACGAUGAAGCUGACGACGAGAACGACGGCAACCAAACGGACCCAGCGGCCCGCGUUGAUGGUGGCAGUUCCUCCGUUCCCUGAGAUAAGGCUGCCUACACUACGACCGUGUUGGUCAUUCGGACGCUAGAGGAGUUCAGUGCGUAGAAAGAGUAGACCGAGCCAUUUCCGUUUCCUUUAACACCUUUUCCGCUACAUUCCAUCCAACGCAUCGUGUGGUGGCUAAACAUUCAAAAACAAAUCCAGUAUUUUAUUUGUAGUACAGUUGGCCCAGCAAAUAACCUCGCUUGAUACUUGAUAAGACAAAACAUUAAUAUCAUCAUUAAGAAACAGUAAUCCGAUCAAAGCAGGCGCAUAUGCCGUGGUUCGGAAAAGAUUCCAUCUCCCUAAAGCAAUACGAACAAAAUGUAUGUAAUUUUAAUCUAGCGCACGCGUUGUUCUUGGACAAAGUAAAUGUAAUUUUGACAC